AUGGAAAGUGAACUUAAUGAAUUAAAAGCCAAGAACAACAGACUAAGAGCUUCCCUUUAUGAUGCUCAGUCUUGCAAUCUCACGGUGGAUGGCUGGACAGUUUGGCGUAGGAUGAUUUACUUCAGCACUGAUAAACGAGACUGGGCCAGCAGUCGUGCUAUGUGUGUUUCAAUGGGAUCUGACCUGGUUACCAUAACCAGCCAAAAAGAACAGGACUUCCUGGUGUCUAAAAUCAAAGAGACUCACUGGAUCGGUCUUAAUGAUCUGGAGACUGAAGGUCGAUGGGUUUGGGUGAAUAACAAAACUCUUGAGGAGACCCGAGUAGAGUUCUGGUUCAAGAGGGAAUUUGAGAAAAGUGAACCUGAUAACUGGAAGGUGAAGGAUCCAUCCGGAGAAAACUGUGGCAGUCUGGGUACCAGCAGCAGCAGCUAUCUACAAAAUUGGUUUGAUAAUUCUUGCAAAGAGCAGAAGAGGUUCAUCUGUGAAAAGAGAUAAUUUACUUUCACAUAUGAUA